CUUCGCGCCAAAUCAAGUGUUCAUCCAAUCGGGACGCUUACCAGGCCGUGGUGCGGAGAACCGACAUGAGUGCAGUUCUUAUGGCAGCCCCUUUCAUCGAGGCUGGCCGCGUGAGCCGCGUCCUUCCACGCAGCAGCGCAGCCGCCGUGGCGGUGCAGUGUCAGGCGGAGCAGCAGCCGCACGCCACCGCUGCCGGCGUUUCCGCAGUUCCAGCCACCCUCGGUCGUCGCACCCUGCUGGGCGCUAGCUUUGCGCUGGGUGCCGCUGCCGCUGUGCAGCCCAGCCUGCCGGCGCACGCCAACCGGCCGCUGUCGGCGGAGUGGGAGGUGGUGGACUUGCCGAUUGAGAAGGACGUGCUGCUCCUGGACGUUGCCUUCACAGGCACCGAGCCCAAUCAUGGCUUCCUGCUCGGCAGCCGGCAGACUCUGCUGGAGACCUUUGAUGGCGGCAAGACCUGGGAGCCACGCACUGUGGCGGCAGCGCGGGACGAGGGCUUCAACUUCCGCUUCAAUUCCAUCUCCUUCAAUGGCGACGAGGGGUGGAUCGUGGGCAAGCCCGCCAUCCUGCUGCACACCACCGAUGGUGGCAAGAGCUGGGAGCGGGUGCCACUGUCUGCCAAGCUGCCAGGUGCACCCGUGCUGAUCAGUGCUCUGGAUGGCCCAGGCUGCGCUGAGAUGACAACCGACCAGGCAACCCUGGGCGCCAUAUAUGUGACGAGCAACGGUGCCAUGAACUGGACGGCGGCAGUGCAGGAGACGGUGGAUGCCACGCUCAACCGCGUAAUCUCCUCGGGCAUCAGUGGUGCCUCCUAUUACGAGGGCUCCUUCUCCAACAUUUCGCGCAACACAGCCGGCGACUACGUGGCCGUCUCCUCGCGCGGAAACUUCUUCAUGACCUGGUCCCCGGGACAGACGUACUGGCGGCCGCACAACCGGCCCUCCACGCGGCGGCUGCAGAACAUGGGCUUCACGCCCGACGCCAAGAUCUGGCUGACCACCAAGGGCGGUGACGUGUACUACGUUGAUGGCAGUGGCGAGGGUGCUUUUGGCCAGGCCAAGAUUGCCAGCCGCGGUUUCGGUAUCCUGGACAUCAAGUUUGUGGAUGGCAAGAUUGGCUACGCCUGCGGCGGAAGCGGCUCGCUCUUUAAAACAGAGGAUGGUGGGCAGAGCUGGAAGCGUGAGCGUGCCGCCGACUCGCUGGCCGCCAACCUCUACGAGCUUGUCUUCACCCCUGGAGGCCUGGGCUUUGUGCUUGGCAACGACGGCGUGCUGCUGCGGGUAAGUGGCUGCAUGUGUUGGCAUGGGAUGGAUUUGUGCUGUGUUGGACUGCUUGUAGCUGUUCGUUGCCAAACCAAGGAGGGACUGCCUGCCUCUUCCUGCCUGCUGCAGCGCAUCAACCAAGCUGGAGGGGCAUGA